CAACCAGUGGAGCUUCAGUGUGAUCUCUCUCUCUCUCUCUCUCUCUUUCUCUCUCUUUCUCUCUCUCUCUCUCUCUCUCUCUCUCUCUCUCUCUCUCUCUCUGACACUUGAUCGUCCAGCUCUCAGUCCGACACUAAACUCAGUCUUAGCAGACAUGAAGGCAAAACUACUUUCACACACUUUGUGUCUUUGUUCUUUGUUGGUUUGUGGUUUGUUUUGUUUCAUUAGCAAACGAAUGAAUGUUGUGAAACGCUGGUCACAGUGGGCAAACCACCAUUUUGAAAUCUUCCUUUCUUCCGCUGAAGAAUUUUCUCAACUUACAACCAUUUUACUUUUCCUCAGCAUCAUAUCUUCACCUCCAACACUAGACGGUUAAAUUCACUUUUGUUGCACCUAUGAGUGUUUUGUGGAGCUUUAAACAACAUUUCCAAUGAGACAUGCUGUUGAAAGCUCCAGGAAGAACUAACUGGUUGUGGCUGUGCCUCAUCGUGGUCGUGGCUUUGGUAGCGGUUUUAAUGCUUGUUGUGAUCAGGUGGAAGAGAACUAAAGGGAAGGAUGACAACGAGGGGCUGACGUCCAACCCUACAGUGACUCAGUCUGCUCCAGAGACCAGUCAGGACACGGCUUAUCCUCAAGAAGGUGUUUCCUACGCCUCCAUCAGCUACACCAAGAAGACCGAUAGUAGAGCCCAGGUUGGGAGUAAAAAUGACGAUCAUGAAAACGAUGUUGUGACCUACAGCACUGUGAGAACUCCCUCUGCUGAGCCCAACAGCCUCUACACCAGCAUCACUUAACCAAUCACAUCUGAUCACUGUCAGGAUGGAUUGGUGUAAACAGCUUCUGAACCAGAAGGGGGUGUUGUAGGUUAGCUGGUGUCACAGUGUAAAAAGUAGAGGCAAUAAUUCUGAAGGUUGAGCAGUUUUACUGAUUUUUCUUUGAUGUUUUUAGUCUUUAUUUUCAUAUUUCAUCUGUUUAUUAUCUGAUGCAAUAACUUGUCAGAGGGAAGUUCUUGUUUGUCCUUCAGUCGAGCUCAUUUUCUGUCAUUUCACCUUUGUGGGUCAGUAGUUUAUUUCAUGUUUAUUUUGUUGUAAAGUAGUACAUCUAAUCUCCUUGGAUUGUUCUCACAUGAUCAUAUAUUUAGAGUGAAAAUGUUUUGAUGUACUGAUUUUGAUUUAGAAUUUUGUUGCUUUAUUCAAGAUAAUAUGAUUUGACCUGUAUGUUUGGCUUUCUUUCACUAGUAGAAAUAUAACCACUGUCUGAGUGCUAGUAAAGGAUUAAAUACUUUGCUCAUCAG